AAACAUCUCAGUUUGGGUUUUUUCUUUGAAGGUUUUAAGACAUACGGGUGUGAACAGCUCUCAUAGCAAGCGUCAACGGAAAGUUUAGUUUGUGGUUAUUCUGUCUCACCAAUUGGGUCCAUUCGACCACUAUCAGUGUAUCAUGACGCCACCAUCACCCCAACAACUACAAGACCUAGAACACACUUUGCUGAUGUAAUCAUUGUAUUGUUUAAACCAUUUCAAGGUAGGAUAGUGGUAUGUGGGAUCUGUGCACAGACAUUUAAAUUCAUGUUGAUUGCAGGUGAUUAUGUUGGUGUUGUUGUUGUUUACAGCUAACCAAUCGCUGCACGUAUGUCCUUUAAUGGUGCUGUGGAUGGGCACAUCGUAACGGAAACAUGCGUCAAAGACCUGCUUCUCUGUCAGUCAGCGUCAGACCUGGAGAUGGACAGGCUGUGUCUGUGUGUCGCUCUGACUGCACUCUUCUGUGCUGCUUCCUGUGGAGAGACAGGGGUCUCUGGAGCCGAGGUGGAGCAGAGAGUCAGACCAGGAGACAACGUUACUCUCCACUGUGACUGCAGAGUAUCAUCUGGGGUGUACGUAGUGUGGUACAGGAACUGCUCUCAUAGGAACCAGCCUCCUCUGGUCAUGUCCACAUAUAAUAACAAAAAUAACAUGAUCCUUCAAUAUGACCAAGUUCUUAACCCCUUUCCUGGUUUUACUCUGGUGUGGAACAAGUCCAACAACACCUAUGAUCUCCUGAUUGAGAACGUGACUGAGUCUGACCUGGGACUCUACUAUUGUGGGACUGUGGCGUUGAAGGUGGUGGAAACACCACCAGACAAGAUAAAAGAGGAGAAGCUCUAUCUUUAUGGAGAUAUAACCAUCAGUCUUUCAUUUGCGGAGCCCCCAGACCCUGUCUGCCCGGUGUGUCCAGACCCUGAUGGGGACUGUGGUCUGAGCUGGGUCCUGGUGCUGCUGUCCAGAGCUCUGACUGCCCUCCUCCUCCCAUGUGCCUACUGGGUCGGAUACAUGCAAGGUGGUUCACAGCACACCUGCACACCCACCUGCUUGAUGGUUAACCCCUGGAUAGAUGUCACACUGUCAGAUUACUGUGUGGCUAACUGAUUGGUGGAGUGAAUCUCUGAAUAGAAACCUGUUACUUUGUACAGAGACCUCGUUAUCUACAUGAACUGUUUACAAAAAAUAAUCUUGUUUGAUUUUGUACUCCAACUCUUCCCUGUCGUCAUAGCAGGAUGUUGUAUGUGGUGAUA